UUAUAAUAAUAGUAAACACAAUAACUGUGGUUGUUUUUACUACAAAGAAUGUUUUUAUUUUUACUUUCUUGCAGUUGAAAGUAUAUUACAAUGUCAGAAGAUAAAAGAAUAUUACAAGAAUUUAAAUUGGACUCAGAUAAUGAAUUGCGGUUUGAGGUUGAGUCAAAAAACGAAAAAGUUUACUUGACUUUAAAAAGUGGUUUAGCCGAAGUAUUUGGUACAGAGUUAGUUAAAGCUAAAACUUACGAAUUUACAUCUGGUGCAAAAGUAGCAGUGUAUACAUGGCAUGGUUGUGUUGUUGAGGUAAAAGGGAAAACAGACGUAAUUUAUACAGCCAAAGAAACACCUAUGGUAAUGUAUUCUAAUUGCCAUGGAGCGCUUGAAUUCAUGAGAGCUGAUGCUGAGAAAGAAAAUAAAAGAGGACCCAUAGCAAUGAUAGUUGGGCCCUGUGACGUAGGUAAAUCGACAGUAUGUAGGAUAUUACUCAAUUAUGCUGUUCGAAUGGGCCGUAGGCCUAUACUGGUUGAUCUUGACAUUGGGCAGGGACAAAUUUCUAUACCUGGAACAAUUGGAGCCUUGAUGAUUGAACGCCCAUCAACAAUAGAUGAAGGUUUUUCUCAAGAGGCACCACUUGUGUACCAUUUUGGGCAUAAAACUCCAUCCACAAAUCCUACCUUAUUUAAUAUGUUGAUCCAACAGUUAGCCAGUACCGUUAAAGAAAGGCUAGAAGUUAAUAAAAAGACCAGAUCAUCAGGAGUUAUUAUAAAUACAUGUGGCUGGAUAAAAGGGACUGGUUAUAAACAGUUAAUAAAUUCGGCAAAGGCUUUUGAGGUUGAUGUCAUAAUGGUACUUGACCAAGAAAGACUGUAUAACGAGUUGGUUAGAGAUAUGCCGUACUUUGUUAAAGUUAUUUUCUUGCCUAAAAGUGGAGGCGUUGUGGAACGCUCAAAGAGUGCAAGAUCAGAGAGUCGGGAUCAAAGAAUUAAAGAAUAUUUUUAUGGCACACCAAAAAAUUCACUAUACCCACAUUCGUUUGACAUAAAAUUUUCAGAAGUUAAAAUUUAUAAAAUCGGGGCACCGGCCUUACCGGAUUCGUGCUUACCGCUUGGUAUGAAGGCUGAUGAUCAUUUAACUAAAUUAGUGGUCCUCACUCCUAAUGCUGGUAUACUGCAUCAUAUUUUAGCCGUCAGUUUUUCAGAAAAAGAUGACGAUGAUGUAAUUUUAUCACACGUAGCAGGAUUUGUGUGUGUGACAAAUGUAGAUCCAGAUAGGCAGAUUAUUACGCUUCUUUCUCCUCAACCAAAACCACUGCCAAAUAGUGUUUUGAUACUCUCAGAAUUGCAGUUUAUGGAUAGUCAUUAGUUUGUUUCGAAUAUUAAACUAUAUUUUUGUAAAUAAAUAAAUUACAUAAC